UACGCAGUCUCGAAGCCAGACUUGCAGCUGCACAACUGCAAGAUGCAGCCUAGAUUUUUUCUCCCUAUCCACCUCUUUUUUUUUACGUCUUUUUCUGCCUGCUCAUCUUCACGUCCAAUGCAACCAAAAAAGGAUUUCCCACUUUUACCAUGUUUCUACUCUUGUGAACUGCGCGACACUACGCGUUUUUCUCGUAAUUCUGUUACCAAAUUUAUCCCAAACUUUUUAAUAUAUUGUUUGAAUUUUUGAAAAAAGUCGCUGUGUGAAAAGCUUGGGGAGGCCAUUCACUUUUCGUUUUUGGCCCUAUGCCUGUGAAAAUUAUCCAACUGCCGUCCAAUUCGGAUACCCCCAUUGAGGACCAUGUGUUUAAAGGCAUUGCAAACUUGUUGCCUCAGCUAUCUCAAUCUGCACCGCCUUUAACUAAGGACCGCUUGCAAUCUGUUCUAGCAUCGCCACUAACGGUAGUUCUGGUCGCCAUUGAUGACCAUGCCGAGAUUGUCGGCAUGUUAACGUUGGCGUGUUUCGACGCUGUUACUGGGCGAAGAGCCCAUAUUGAAGAUGUCGUAGUUGACGACAAAUGCCGUGGACAAGGAGCUGGAAAACUCUUAUUGUUAGAAGCUAUUCAGAUCGCCCAGCAUAAAUUACAUGCAGCCACCAUCGAUCUCACUAGCCGCCCCGAACGCGAGGCAGCCAAUCGAUUGUAUCAAAAGGUUGGAUUCGUCCAGAGACAGACAAACGUGUACCGUUAUGCAGAGUAAAUUCGACACCUAGACAUAAAUAUUUAUACCAUGUUUUCUUGUUUCAAUUAUUUACUAUUGAUUGAGUUAUGAUUAUGUGAUAAAACGAAGAGAGUGAACUUGCUGGUGAGAAUGAUCCUUCCCAGAGUAAGAAAAUU